UUCCAUUUGAACGGGAUAACAUAGCGAGAGAGCAACAAAACAUAUUACGUCUCACUAUUUACAAAAUAGUUUCACUUGGAAUCGGUCAUAGACAAAAGAGCUCUUCUUAUUUUCGUUUGUCGACGAAAUCUUCUGACAACAUUUUCUGAUUUGAUUUUUAAACAUUAUAACAUAACACAAUAUUCGUUAAGAAUGACCAAAGACGUCGAAGGGUCAGUGGUAUUCGUUUCGUCGCUGAGAAAUGCAACGGACUGCAGUAACAGUGAUUCGAGUGCUGACUCUUCUGUUCAGGGAAUUCUCGUACGUAAUGCGACAAAAACUUAUGGCGUUCGAAAGAACAAAUUUGCAGUGCUCAACGGAAUCGACAUGAGCGUGAAAAAAGGAACCAUAUACGGUUUACUCGGAGCUAGUGGAUGUGGUAAGACAACAUUGUUGAGUUGCCUCGUCGGACGUCGCCGACUGGAUAGCGGAGACAUUCUCGUCCUGGGACAUGAGCCUGGAUCACCAGAAAGCGGAAUCCCCGGUCCAAGGGUCGGCUACAUGCCGCAAGAACUGGCCUUGUUCGGCCACUUCAGCAUCAAAGAAACACUCCACUAUUUCGGUCGCAUCUACAAUUUGAAAACGGAUUUUGUCGACUCGCAAUUGGAUUUUCUGUCGAAGUUGUUAGACCUUCCCCCGAGUCAUCGUUACGUCGGGACGCUGAGUGGUGGCCAGCAAAGACGCGUCUCCUUUGCUGUCGCCCUUUUCCACGAACCGGAGCUGCUCAUCUUGGACGAGCCAACGGUUGGCGUUGAUCCUCUACUCCGGCACAACAUCUGGAAUCAUCUUGUCCGCCAGAGUGUCGACCAUGGAAGAACAGUGAUAGUCACCACUCACUACAUCGAAGAAGCUCGACAAGCCAACACGAUUGGAAUGAUGCGAUCCGGUCGCUUGCUGGCUGAAGACUCUCCGGAGAAUCUUUUACGGGAGUACAACCUGUCAUCAUUGGAGGAUGUUUUCUUGAAACUUUGUAUGGCAGACUGUGGUAACGAAGACAAAACUGCCAACAGGAUCCCAACACAGCAGCAGUGCACAGGAGGCAUUGAUAACGUGGCUUUCCAUCCUAGUAGCAGUGAACUGGACAUUUCUGGAACGGAAAAUCCGCAACAAAUGGAACUAAAUCUUUUGCAUCGCAAAAAGCACGAGCUUCCGUUGUCCCUCUCCCUGGCUGAUAUCAGUCAAACGAGUUUCCCUAAUUUUAAUGGAACGGGAGUCAACAAACGAUCAAAUCGAAUCUUUACCAAGUCCGUCCUGCCGUCUGCAAAUCGACUGAGUGCACUCAUUCGAAAGAAUGGCUUGCAAAUGUUUCGAAAUAUCGGAAUGCUGUUUUUUAUCUUCCUCAUCCCAGCUAUUCAAGUAAUCCUCUCGUGUCUGUCAUUGGGGGGAGAUCCUUCAUAUCUCAAAUUGGCCAUCGUUAACGACGAGCUGGAUCUGAGUCAGGAUCGCAUAUGCAACUACACGACGACCUGCACUUAUUCCAUGUUUAGUUGUCGCUAUCUUCGUUUCAUAGACAACACGACGGUCAUCCAGGUGCCAUUUCAAAGUGUCUCGGAAGCUCUGGACGCUGUGAAACGAGGGAAAGUGUGGGGCGUGGUCCAUUUUCCUCAGAAUUUCACGGACGAGUUGGUGGUCCGACGGGCGGAUGGGAAAUUUGCGGACAAGGAAACGAUCCUCGCCAGUCGCAUUGCCAUUACUCUUGAUUCUUCCAGUCAGCAGAUUUCAUUGAGUCUGAAACAGAGUCUGAUUGAGGCGUUUGAAGACUUCAGCAAAGACAUUUUGGCGGCGUGUUCUUACGAACCAAGAGCCCUGGGAAUUCCCGUCACGUUUUUGGAUCCGAUUUACGGUGAAAGUAAACCCUCUUUCGUGGAGUUAAUUGCACCCGGAAUCCUUCUCUCGGCGAUUUAUUUCAUUGCCGUCUCCUUGACGACUGCUGUUUUUCUCAGCGAACGAAAGGCGGGGCUCUUUGAUCGUAGCAUAGUCGCCGGUGUCAAAAUGUCUGAAUUUAUGAUUGCUCACUUUGUCAACCAACUUAUUGUGCUGAUCGGUCAGACGGUUUUCGUCUACAUAUUCGCUCUCCUCGUCUUCAAGAUUUCCUUCCACGGCAGUUUAGCCCUGGCCGUCCUCAUCACUCUCCUUCAAGGGCUAUGUGGCAUGUCCUUGGGUUGGAUGAUUGCAUCUCUGUGUGACGAGUUGACUAGCGCCAUCCAAUUGUCUCUGGGUAGCAUUUAUUUCAACCUCUUUGUAAGCGGAGUCCUGUGGCCCACAGAGGGGAUGCCAGUCUACCUGCGCUACUUCUGUUUCCUGAUGCCGCAAACGUACGCCAUCGAAUCGCUGAGAAACAUUUUCAGUCGAGGGUGGGGCAUUGAACGACCCGAGGUUUACGGGGGCAUCUUGAUCAGCUUCGGUUGGAUUUUCGCACUUCUUGGUUUGGGUCUCGUGAUUGGUCGCAUUCGCAAAUUAACAGGCUAGACAUGACCGUAGCCUUAACGUAUAUACUGGUAUACCGCUUCUUUAAGGGAAAACAAAAUUAUAAUAACAGAUUUUGCAAUUUAAAAAUAACGUCAGUAGCCUAAAUCGAUUUAACUUCUUUGGCCAUAUAACUCUAGGUUUUUACUUUUGCCUGUAGUUUUCAUUUUAUAGAUCUGAAGUGUACGCUGCAUUCGUCAGUUAAGCGUAUGCUCAUGUAUUGCUCGUGUACCUAUGUUGUAUGUUCUUUAUCUUCUUGUAAAAAUGCUGCACGUAUUUUCCACUUUAUACUCUCUAGCAUCGAUUAAUUUAUGUCUUCAAGAGUUUCAUGUGACAGUCUGUGAAAUACAGCGUAUAACUUUGA